UUUAAUUUUAUUUAUUGAUUUAUUUGCUUUCUGUCAUAUUUUAUUAAAUUUCUAUUUUUAUUUAUAAAUACUGUAUAUUCCUAGUACUAGGUUACUGCAAAAACGAAAGAAAAUCGGGUUUAGGGACACACUGUCUUUUUCAGGCAUAGAGAAGAUGCAUUUGGUUUAAAGAAGAAGCUAAGAAGUAGCUCCUUUAACAUGCAUAUCACCCGCAGGAUCUCGACGCCGGGUUGAUGCAUAUUGGAUGAAGGCCAUCAGAGUGAGGUGGGUGUGGGAGGUGUCCUCAUUCACAAAUUCAUUCAUUUACCCCUUCUUACCAACCUGCUUAAAUACCCCUCCCCGGAGACCUCUUACAGCAUUAGUACAGUGAAACCCCAGCAGAGAGACACACACUACAAACCCGGCACGCUUCAUGUUUCUCGAAGGAGAGCGGAUUAUGAGCGCCUUCGGGCAGCAGCCGUCGCCGCAGCAGUUGAGCCCGGUGGCCAACCCGAGCGCGCAGGACGUGUUGGACAUGGCCGCCUACUGCGACAACCUGAGCGCCUACCACCACCACCACCACCAUCACCAUCAACAACAGCAGAGCGCACACCACCCAUCACCCAGAUCUUCUGUGCAUGCUCCGGCCUACGGCCUGGCUGAGUACGCAGCUCCCGGUGCUAACCCGUACCUGUGGCUAAACGGGCCGAGCAUCGGCACCGCUUCCUCUCCGUACCUUCCAGGAGGCGCGAACGGGGCCUCCACUCACAUGCAGCCUGGUUAUGGAGCGAAUCAGCGGCAGUUCCUGGCACCUCCAGCCGGGUUCCACGGGACCGACCUCUCAUGGCUGGCCGUCCCGGGACAACAGGACCUUUUCAAGAUGGUUCGACCUCCAUACUCGUACUCCGCCCUGAUUGCCAUGGCUAUCCAGAACGCACAGGGCAAGAAACUCACACUCAGCCAGAUCUACCAGUAUGUCUCCGAUAACUUCCCGUUUUACAAAAAGAGCAAAGCAGGCUGGCAGAACUCCAUCAGGCACAACCUCUCGCUUAAUGACUGCUUUAAGAAGGUCGCGCGUGACGAGGACGAUCCCGGCAAGGGCAAUUACUGGACUCUGGACCCGAACUGUGAGAAAAUGUUUGACAACGGUAACUUCAGGAGGAAGAGGAAAAGACGAGUGGAUGCGGUGAAAACGGAGGACACGAGCGCGCUCAAACUGGCGGACACGGCGAGCCUGUCGGGGGUCGUGCAGCGUUCCCCGAGCCCGAGCGAGCCCAAAUCCUCACCAGAACCCAGCCCGUGUUUUAACACGUUUGUCAGCACCAUGAACUCGGUGAUGGCAGGAAGCGGUGACGGGAUGAGGGCGCGGGACACCGGCGCGCUGCUGGCGGAUUUAACGCGUGGCCGGGAGGGUGUGUCGCCCCUGAGCUCCUACUGCCCCGGAGAGACAGCGCCUCCGAGCGACCCGGCCCACAUGAGCCACAGACUGAGCUACUACACCCCCGGCUUCGGCAAUCACUUCAGCGUGAACAAUUUAAUCUACAACCGAGAGGGAACCGAGGUUUAGGCGGGACUUGGAUAGACAGAAUAGGAUCUAACUGCGCUCUGUGAGCGCACACCUCAUCUUUUCACCUUUACUUGUGCUUUGUUUUUUUUUGUUUUUUUGUUUUUUUUUGACACAGUACCAAACCAAUUGCACUGUCAAGUUCUGUAAAUAUGUAUAUACGCAGUAAACUUUCCUAUAUUCCAGUUGAUUUGUCAGGCUUGAUGCUCUUGCAUCUAUCGCAAAGAAAUAAAAAUAAUAAACCGCUUUGCAUGGACAUCACCUGCACGGGUCCUAAGUCUAAAUGUGGAGCUUUUACUCAGCAGGAAGCUAGGAUAAGAAUGUUACUGUGUAUGGAACAUGGUUAUUGAAAAACUAUUUUCGUGUUAUACCCAUGUUUCAGUAAGCAUGCUGCAUCAUGUUCAUGGUCCACAUUGUCAAAUUUGUACAAAAUUUUGUUGACUUUUUGCAGACAGAUAUCGAUGUAUAGUUUAUUUAAUUAAUGCGUUCGUAUUUUGUAAAUUAUGUUGUAAAUAAACUGUGUACAACAUGUUUGGUAGUGUAUUAUUAUUAUUAUUAUUAUUAUUAUUAUUAUUAUUAUUAUUAUUAUUAUUACUCAUUUUUAUUAUUAUUAUUAUUAUUAUUAUUAUGGCAUGAUGUGGUGGCUUUUGGUACAUUUAUAUAUUUUGGUUAAAACUACAUACCUACAUACUGUUUUUUUUUUUUGCACAGGGCAUUACAUACACGUUAAAAAGUACAUAAAAAGUAAUAAUAACAGUAUAAUAAUAAUAAUAAUAAUAAUAAUAAUAAUAAUAAUAAUAAUAACAACAGCAGUAGUAGUAGUAGUGAAUUAAAACUGGCUACAAACGUUUACAGACACAGGUACACACACACGCACACACAGUAUUUGUUCCCUCAGUAUAUAAGUGGGUAUUUGGAACUUACAUUCACUUUACCAUAUUUCUUUCCUCCUUAUUUUCGUAUAUUCUGACGUCACCCUACAUGCAUAUUUUAGUCCGUGCCCUCUUAGAAAAGCCUGACCCAUUCCAGCAGCACAUCAUGUACAACAACUCCAUCGAGCUGACAUUUUUUUUUUCCUAAGAAGUAUUUAGUGUUUAAUCGAGCACUGGAGUGAACGCGCGUCCCCGCUGCGCGCUCCUCUAAUUACGCACUGCUUCGAGCUCGAACCCUUGAACUCUUCUCUCUCCUGUAACAGUGAUUCCCCACUCUCAUGAAGCGUUUAUUACCUGUGUAGUGUUCAGGCAAGUGCAUUAGGUGAUGGUCUACAUAUUGUCAUGACUCGGUGAUAGCAAGAAUCCCUUGCAGUUCCCUUUAUUUAACUCAUGUCCCGUCGAUAACAUUAGAUAAGCCUUGGCCAUUUUCCGCUUGUCACUUCGCAUCGAGCUGAUUUCAACGAGUUCAAGAGUUCAGCUGGCGCUUUUAUUUAUACGCGGCUUAUUUAACGGUGGAUGAAAAAUUUGUCUUUUCAUCCAGAUCGUCUGUCUCUCAUCCUCUCUUUCUCCAGGAUGAUUUUACUGCCCACAGCUGUUUCCUUUUAUUUACCCGAACCGGGCGUUUCAUCACUCUGUUAACUCCGAAGCUGCUCAAGAGUGUGUGAGAAAGUGGGCUGAUGUACAGUGGAGAUGUUUCAUCUCUGAUCUGUAUUAUGGCUGUGAGUAGGCAUGUUUGCGGGCAUCCCAUCGACCUGACCCCAACACAACAGACAUUCUGUUCCAGGUCGAGCUCAGGAAAAUGAUUUUCCCAGUGGACAUAUCUAACUUGCCCACGUGCUUACUCCUGUGCCAUUUAGGAGCACUGCAGCACUCCAUAUCCGAUAUCACAACAAGUAAACACAAGAAAACACAUUUAACUGGAACAUAACGGAGCAAAGUGUGGAACAAAACUGAAAUUAACAGGAGGAGGGAUUUUAUUGAAGCACAGGCAACCCAUGACCUUUCAUAUGGCCAGGAGUGCUAUUUAUCUGUGCUGUACAGUAAUACAUUAAUUAAUAGUAAUCAUUAUAAUAAUAAUAAAAACGACCAAUAUUCUCACAGAGUGAGGCUCACUUUAAUUAACACACUGAAAUGCCUUUAACUUGGCAAAAAUGUAAAUAUCAUUUCAGAGACUUUACACAUCGGCUACGGGGGCAAAACUUCAUUAAAAUUAAUAUUUAUAAAACCUAGAACUCGAAUAAAUAAAUCUAUAAGUUAUUUUGUUAGUCACUAGAUAUAUUAUAACGAUAGCUAUUGACUAACCAAAUAAUUUAAAGAAAAUGUACAGUUAAA